AUUUAAAAUUACAGCUGAUUUUACAUAAUACGUUAUGUAUAGGUUAAUAACACAUGCUGAUAAAAAAAUAGAACGGCCUCAGCAUCCAAGAAACAAUGCAAAUGUUUUUGAAAUUAUUUCAUACAGCUGGAUGUUAAACCUAUUCAAAACAGGACGAAAAAGAGAAUUAGAAGAAAAUGAUUUGUAUAUAACAUUAAGCGAUCACACUUCGUCAUUAUUGGGAAAUGAAUUAGAAAAAAAAUGGAAUUUAGAACUGGAAAGUGCAUUUAAACUGAAACGAAAACCUAGCUUGACAAGAGCUUUGAUUCGAAUGUCUGCUAUUGAGUAUAUGUUUUAUGGUUUUUUACUGUUCAUUGAUAAAAUUAUAUUGAAAAUGUCUCAACCACUAUUUAUUGGAGGAAUAUUAGCAUAUUUUAAUCCAGUUGAAACCAACAAAGCUGACUUAGGGUAUACAUACAUGUGUGCAUUUGGCUUAGUGUUAAGCAUGUUUACUUCAAUGGUCUUGCAAAAUGUAACACUAAUAGAAAUUUUACAUUGUGGUAUGAAGAUGCGAAUCGCUUGCUGUUCGGUAAUAUUUAGAAAAUCACUACGUCUAAGUAAUACUGCUAUUGGUGAAACAACGAUCGGUCAAGUGAUAAACUUGUUAUCUAAUGAUGUAAAUCGGUUCGAUAGAGCAGCAACAUUUCUUCACUAUUUAUGGAUUGGUCCCCUACAAUCAAUUGUGGUCACAUAUUUUUUGUGGCAGGAAAUAGGAAUUUCUUCAUUGUUGAGUAUAGUUAUCAUGAUUUUAAUAAUUCCAUUUCAAGGAUGGUUAGGGAAAAAACUUUCUAAAACUCGAUUGAAAACAGCCAAAAAAACCGAUGAAAGAAUUCGUUUAAUGAAUGAAAUCAUUUCUGGUAUUAAAGUAAUUAAAAUGUACACUUGGGAAAAAUUAUUUUCAAAAUUAGUAAUAUAUAUAAGAAAAAAAGAAAUCGAACAUUUGAAAAUAUCAGCAUACAUCAGAGAUACUUUGACAUCGUUAGCAAUAAUUCAAACGAGGUUUCAACUAUUUAUUAGUAUUUUAUCAUAUGUUUUAUUGGGAAAUUAUAUAUCUGUUCAAAAAAUUUUUGUCAUAACUACAUACUACAGUAUCCUAAUGCCAACAAUGACUUUUUUUUUCUGUCAAGGUCUGGGACAAAUUUCAGAACUGCAAGUAUCAAUAAAACGCAUACAGGAUUUUUUAUUACGCGAAGAAAAAGAUGAUAAUCGUAUACCAAUGCAAUCUAUUUCUGAAAAAUCAAUGAUUAGUAGUCAUAACGAAUCAAUAAUAUAUCCAGAUAAAAAUACUACUGACAUAAAAUAUAACAUGAAACUUUUAAAUAAUUUUAGUGUGGAAAUUUUGAAAGCUACCGCUAAGUGGAUAAAUAAUCAAACUAACAAUACUUUAGAAAAUGUAUCUCUGGCCAUAAAACCUGGUAAUUUGGUCGCAAUCGUUGGUGCUGUAGGAUCAGGAAAAAGUUCAUUAAUACAAGCUAUUUUACGAGAAUUACCACUUUCUGAAGGCAUCAUACACGUGCGUGGUGUAAUUUCUUACGCGUCCCAAGAACCGUGGAUAUUUGCUGGAUCUGUUCAACAAAAUAUUGUAUUUAAUUCACCAAUGGACAAGGAUCGUUAUAAACAGAUAAUAAGAAUAUGUAAAUUGAAAAGUGAUUUUGAACAGUUUCCUUACGGCGAUAAAACAGUCGUAGGAGAAAGAGGGGCUACUCUAAGUGGUGGCCAAAGAGUAAGAAUUAAUUUAGCUAGAGCUCUAUACAAACAAGCGGAUAUUUAUUUAUUGGAUGACCCUCUUUCAGCGGUUGACCCAAACGUUGGAAGUCAUUUAUUUGAAAUGUGCAUUAAAGGUUUUCUUAAAAAAAAAACUUGUAUAAUUGUCACUCAUCAAAUGCAGUAUUUAACUGAUAUGGAUCAAAUUUUAGUCAUGGAAAAUGCUAAAAUAUUGGCGAAAGGUACAUAUGAAGAACUUUGUGCAUCCAAUAUAGAUUUAACAAAUUAUAUUCAAGUUUCUAAGUUACCAAAUGAUAAAUAUAUAAUUAGUGAUAAAAACAUUUUAAGCGCCGAACAAAAGUCUACUUUUAAACGCCGUGCAUCAGUGGCAAGUAUCAUAUCGUCAAGUGAUGAAAGUAACCACAAUGAAGAUCUAGUAGAGCCCACUAGGGUUAUUGAAUCUCGGAGUUCGGGAAAUAUUUCAUAUGUCGUUUAUUUUUCGUAUUUUUUGGCUGGUGGAAAAAAGUACAAAAUAUUAUUUUUUAUUUUUAUAUGUAUAAUAACUCAAGUAUUGACUUCUGCUGGAGAUUUCUGGAUAACAUAUUGGGUAAACUUAGAAGAACACGUUUUUCAAAAUAAAAAUAAUGUGUCCACUUUAACAUUUCAUGAUCCAAUAAGUGAUGUUGUUUGGUGGAUGACCAUUUCUCGACAGACCUGCAUAUAUGUUUUUAGCUGUAUCACUCUUUUUUUAAUUAUUAUUACAACCAUCAGAUUAAUUACAUUUGUAUCAAUCAGUAUGAGUGCUUCUAUAAAUUUACACAAUAAUAUGUUCAAUACUUUAAUCAAAGCCACGACAUAUUUUUUUAAUACAAAUUUAUCAGGAUCUAUACUUAACCGCUUUUCAAAGGACAUAGGAACUAUUGAUGAGAUGUUACCUGUAUCCUUGUUGGAUUGUAUACACAACGCACUGAACCUUUUGGGAGUAUUAAUCGUUGUUGGAAUUAUAAACAUAUAUCUUAUGAUUCCAGCUAUCAUCUUAGCAAUUAUUUUUUAUAAAAUAACAGUUUUUUAUUUGUCAUUAUCACGAAGUGUAAAACGAUUGGAAGGAAGUACACGUAGUCCUGUAUUUACUCAUUUCAAUGCAACUAUUCAAGGCUUAACAACAAUAAGGGCAUUUGAAGCAGAAAAUAUAUUGUCAAAAGAAUUUGAUGAUCAUCAAGACUUACAUUCUUCGGCGUGGUAUUUAUUUAUAACGUCAAGCAGAGCAUUUGCUUUUUGGUUAGAUUUAAUUUGCUUUAUAUAUACAAGCAUAGUUACAUUCAGUUUCAUAGUUAUGAAUAACACAACAUUUGGAGGAAAUGUUGGUCUUGCUAUUUCACAAACUUGUGGAUUAGCUGGCUUGGUUCAAUUUGGUAUGCGACAAACAGCAGAAUUAGAAAAUCAUAUGACGUCAGUUGAAAGAGUUCUAGAAUACACAAAUGCUCCACAAGAGUGCUCAGUUAAAUCAUCAACAGGUAAACUGACUUCCUUAAAAUGGCCAUCAAAUGGAAGUAUUUUAUUCAAAAACUUCUAUUUACGAUAUAGUCCAAAAUCAUCAUAUGCAAUAAAUAAUCUCAAUGUUAACAUUGAAUCAAUGCAAAAAGUAGGAAUUGUUGGUAGAACUGGAGCAGGAAAAUCGUCUUUAAUUUUAGCCUUAUUUAGAUUAGCUUUUAAUGAAGGUGAAAUCAUUAUAGAUGGAAUAGAAAUACAUAAAUUGGGAUUACACGACUUGCGAUCCAAAAUUUCCAUCAUUCCUCAAGAACCAGUAUUGUUCUCUGGAACAAUGCGAACCAAUUUAGAUCCAUUUAAUGAAUACUCAGAUCAUAUUCUUUUGAAUGCAUUAGAUGAAGUCGAGCUUAAAGACGUUGUUGAAAAUUUACCUGAUGGUCUUUACUCUAAAAUGUCAGAAGGUGGUUCAAAUUUCAGUGUUGGUCAAAGGCAAUUAAUAUGUCUGGCUCGAGCUAUUAUUCAAAGUAAUAAAAUUCUUGUUCUGGAUGAAGCCACUGCUAACGUCGAUCCACACACAGACGCAUUAAUUCAAAAGACUAUCAGAAACAAAUUCCAAACUUCUACUGUUUUAACAAUUGCACACCGUUUGAACACUGUUAUAGAUUCGGAUAAGGUACUUGUUAUGGACAAAGGAACAAUGGUCGAAUUUGACCAUCCAUAUAAUUUAUUGCAAAACAAAGAAGGAGUUUUUUACAAAAUGGUGGAACAAACGGGACCAGAUACUGCUGAUUUAUUACAUAGAUUAGCCACAAAGGUUAUUUCAACAAAAAAUGUGUAAUAAUCGUUUAGUGUCAAAUUAUAUUACUAACUAGUUUAAUUUAAAUUCAUAAAAUA